AUGACUGCUUUGAGCAUUGCCGAGACCCCUCACAAGUUGGACCCAGAGCGAAUAUUGCGGAGAACAGUUUCAAGCUCACAGACGGGACAUUGUGUUGACUGUGAUUCUUGGUCCCAUGACUUCUCACAGUUCCGUGUGUUCCUCUUGCUCAGAAUGCCUAAGGAAACGAUCACAAAAAAAUGCAAUGCUGAGCGAAUUUGGGAUGGAGAAUACGAAUUUUAUUUUGAAGUCAUCUAUCACUGCGAUUAUUUGCCAGAGUCACUUCUUCCUUACCGGCGUUCGUUUGAGAAGUGUGAGAUGGAAUUCGCUGGGGAUAAGUUUCAAUGUUGGCGGUUCGCGCAUGGUUGCCAAUUGAAUGAGUACCAGUUACAGCGGCGGCGAAGGCUUAUCGAUGGCGAGGUGACGGCCAAACGAAAAUCGACAACGAUGGGAAAGUAUCCGGAGUAUCGACCUUUGAAAGCCACUGGAUGCUCGAUCGUUUCCGUUGCAGAAUUGGCCGCAGCAGUCAGCAGGCAGUCUUGUUUGGUUUACUUGGGUGCAGGCAUUUCAGCUGACCGCAUGAUGUAUAAUGCUGACAUCAAUGAGGCGAUUGGUCGAAAGCCUGACGCCGAAGUCGACGAUCAAGUGAUUGGUGUUGUCAGUUGUGAUCGGGGCAGGAACAAUGUGGCAUCAGUAUACUCACAAGGUUUAUUCAUCCCGUUGGUUCAUGACACCACCCCCACCUUGGCACAUCAGGCGUUGUCGGAGUUGGUCUUGGCAAAGGGUUGGCCUGUAGUAACCACCAACUCGGACUUGCUACUGGAACAUGCUGGCGCCUCAGCGGUGCAAGUUGGGGGGGCGAAAGCUUCUGUGGAAGAUAUUUGCUCACCAGAAUCUCUGCAGCCAUUCACGAUGCUGAUGUGUGUUGGCGUUGGCGGGGAUCACAGACAUGUGGUGAAGAGAUUCCGCACGCACUGUCCAGGUUGCCCUGUAGUUGCCCUUGUACGUGGGAAUGUCGGCGAAUAUCUUCUCCCCGGCGAUCUCGUUCUGGAGGGAGAUGUGCAGGAGACGUUGCCAUUACUUACACGAUCACUUCUCGGUGAAGAUGGUGCAAACAAACCCAGCGCUCAUUCUGCAGUUCCAGGCCAGGACUGA